AUGGCUACUGCUAUGGAAACCGAUAUUCCAGAACAAUUUAAUACACCAAUUUCUGCGGAAGAUAUUAAAAAUGAAGCAAACGAAAGUUAUAAACGUGGAAACUAUAAUCAAGCUGUUACUUUAUAUACCCAAGCUAUAGAUCUUGAUCCAAAUACUCCAACAUAUUAUAACAACCGAGCCGCUGCUUUAAUGAUGUUGAGGAAACCAAAAGAAGCGCUAAAUGAUUGUAAAUGGGCAAUUUCUUUGGAUCCAUCAUUAAUUAAAGCUUACAUUCGUUGUGCAAAAUGUAAUUUUUUACUUGGUAACCUAAGUGAAGCCGAACGAAUGUAUAAGCAUGUACUAAGCAUUGAUGAUACAAACUCACAAGCAAAAGCUGAAUAUGCGCAGUUGCUCCAAGUUCAAGGUUACAUUCACCAAGCAGAAGUAUAUUUAAAAAAUCAGCAAUAUCCUUUGGCAUUGAAUGCGAUUGAUAGAGCAGCGACCUCUUUGGAUGAAGUCCCAACCAAAUGGAAAAUAAUGAAGGGUGAAGCACUAUUAGAGCAAAAAGAAUUUGGAGAAGCGGGAAGGAUGGCGAAUGAAAUUUUACGUUCGGAUUCAAAAAAUCCUGAUGCUCAUGUGUUGAGAGCACGAAUAUUGUACAUCGAGGGAGAUAAUAUAAAGGCUUCCGCUCACUGUCAGGAAGCAUUGCGUUGCGACCCAGAUAAUUCAAAAGCACGUAUAUUACUGAAGAAAUCAAGAGCACUUGAAAGUCAAAAGAAGGCUGGUAAUGAUGCUUUCAAAAUAAAGGAUUAUAAAUCAGCAUAUGAUAUUUAUAGUGCAGCUCUUGAAAUCGAUCCAUCGAAUGCGGGCAUGAUGUCUAAACUUUAUUCAAAUAGGUCAGCAGUUCUAAUUAAACUUGGAAAAUAUACGGAGGCAUUAAGUGAUAUGUGUAAAGCAUUAGAAAUAGAUCCUAAUUUUGUCAAAGUAUUAAGGAGAAGAGCAGAUACAUACAUCAAAUUAGAAAGAUAUGAAGAAGCUGUACAAGAUUUAAAACUUGCGAUGGAUUUGGAAAGUAAUAAUCCUGAUAUUCGUAAAGAAUUAAGAAACGCUGAACUAGAACUCAAAAAAUCACAACGAAAAGAUUAUUAUAAGAUUCUUGGAGUCAGUAAAGAUGCAUCCGAGAGUGAGAUUAAAAAAGCAUAUCGAAAAUUAGCACUUCAGCAUCACCCUGAUAAAAAUUGUGGAGAUUCUGAUGCGGAAGUUAAAUUUAAAGAAAUUGGAGAAGCUUAUGCAAUUCUUGGGGAUCCAAACAAGAAACAAAGAUAUGAUAGUGGAGUUGAUAUUGAUGGAUUAAAUGGAUCAUCGGACUUUGAAGUAGAUCCUAAUCUAUUCUUCCAAAUGUUUAUGGGAGGGGAAAUGCCUAAUAUGGGAGGAGGAACAAGGGGAGGAUUUGGUGGAAAUUCAGGAUUCCAUGGGUCCUCAUUUGGAGGAUUCUCUUCACAGGGUUUCCCAAGGCAAAGAACUAGUGGAUAUCAUAAUGGAAAGCAUCAAUUUCACUUUGGAUGA